AUAUUAUGGGAAAAAUUCUCCAUGAAGUAUUCAGAUACAUCGCCAAUAUUAUAUAGAUAACAGAAUUGCAUUAAUGAUAAUAACGAUAAUAACUCAGGCAAACUUCAAUAUAACGACCGAUAAUCUGGACGUGUUAAUGAAGAUAGAAUUAGGUCUGCACAAGAAAGACGAUCUUCUUUUAGCGCGAGAUAUUUGCAGAAUGUUAUUAAAGAAAAAACAAACUAGCAAGGACGUCGAAAAACCACUUCUAAGAUAUUCUAACAAUCAUGACAUAUUGAAAGAGAUCUUGACAUUAGUAAUAAGAUAUUUUAUUAGCGCGGAAGAGAAUGCUUAUAUUUCUUUUGUCACAGAUGCACUUAACGUUAUAUCAUGUCAGUGCGAUUAUUGUGUGUUAAUUAAAUGCAACUGGAAUGAAAACAUUGCACUAAGAGAAUUUUAUUUUAAUUGCAGUUAG